AUGGCUUCUCUGUCUCUUCUCCUUGUUUGGUUCCUUUUGUUUGCUGGGGAAGAAAUGGUAAUGGAAGAGGAGGAGUUGUUGGGAUUGUUUGAAGUGAUGGAUGCUCUUGUGGAUGAUCCUGAGUGGGCCCAAGCACACCCUCAGCCAUGUACAGACACUCCAUGGCCUGGAGUUGAGUGUGAAGUUAGCAGUGACCCACCAAUCUUUCAUGUCACAAAGAUCCACAUUGGUCCUGAUAUACUCUCCCCACCUUGCAAAUCCUCUGCUUACUUAUCAGAAUCCUUGCUGAAACUCAGUUAUUUGAAAACCCUUUCAAUUUUUAACUGUUUUGUUGCUUCACCAGUCACUCUAACCACAACUCUCUUUGGUCCUUUCUCUUCCUUAGAACACCUGGCUUUGCAGUCUAACCCAUCACUCUCUGGAGAAAUACCUCCAAGUUUGGGUGGUGUUACUAGUCUUAGGGUCCUUAGCCUGUCCCAGAAUAGCUUACAUGGAAACAUCCCAAGACAGAUUGGUGGUUUGGUUUGUCUAGAGCAACUUGAACUGAGUUAUAAUAACUUCAGUGGUCAAAUCCCCAUGGAAAUUGGAGGUUUGAGAAGUAUGACCAUUUUGGACCUUAGUUGGAAUGAAAUUGAAGGGAAUCUGCCUUAUUCUCUUGGACAACUUCAACUUCUCCAAAAGAUGGAUUUGAGCUCAAACAGGCUUAGUGGAGAAAUACCUCCUGAUUUAGGAAUGCUCAAGAGGUUAGUGUUGCUUGAUCUGAGUCAUAAUUAUAUUGGUGGGCCAAUUCCUGAAAACCUGUCAAGUUUGGAGCUUUUAGAAUAUUUAGUCAUUGAUGACAACCCCAUCAAAGCAGGGAUACCCUCCUUCAUAGGGAACCUUUGGAAGCUCAAAUCAGUGAGCUUCUCAGGGUGUGGAUUGAUUGGUUCCAUACCCAAUUCUUUCUCUUCCUUGAAGAACCUUACAGCUCUCUCACUGGAUAACAAUAGCCUCAGUGGAUUAGUUCCUCCAAAUCUAGGUUUGCUCCCAAACUUAGAUCAACUGAAUAUUAGCCACAACAAGCUGAAUGGAGUUCUACAGCUCCCUGAUGACUUCAUUGAAAAGCUUGGUAAGAGGUUGGAUGUAAGAGGAAACAGUGACCUGUGCAUCAUUGAUGAUCAGCAAAACAAAAAGAACCUCUCUUCAUACUUGGAAAUACCCUCUUGUGUGAGCAUAAGACCCAGAAAUGGCAACUCUUCUGCUGAAGGACCACCAGAAGAUCCAGCGGGAAUAAAGCCAUCUUGGUACGAAAGCAACACAAGUUCAACUUCAUCAUGGCUGGAUCCACAAGUCAUCCAAUUUAACUUGAGGCUCUUUGACCUAUUUGGGGUCUUCCCGCACCCAAUUCACCUGUUUAGUGCAAAGUGGGAUGAUUUUACCGCUAGGAUGCAUUUGGUUCCGCCCAGGGGUCCAGCGAGGUUUGUUUUGGGAAGAAGAAAAACUACAAUCAUGUGCAACCAACAAUCACUAAAGGUGGCAGAGUCAAUGGGUGUGUCUGUUUCAAAUAAUAGUCCACCUUCGAGUUCAUCUACCAUUAGGCAUCAGAGUUCAAGGAUAAUGAGAAGGAAGAGGAGUGGAACCUCAUCAACAAAAUAUCCAGAUAUGGCAAAGGAGUUCACCCUUGCUAAGCUUGUUGCAGCAACCAACAAUUUCUCACUUGAGAACAAGAUUGGUGAUGGAACAUAUGGUGUUGUGUAA